UUUAUCAUCCCUGCUUCUGCCUCACACCACAGACACAAACCGAGAAGAGUAGCCUGGUUUCAGUGAUUCGGUUUAAUGAUGGCGAUGUUUCGCAGUUUUGUGUCGGGGACCCAGCAGAAGCACAGCGUAGGUGCCGCAGCCGCCCCUGGUGACAGCAUCGAAAGCCAGUAUUCGUGUCCAAUCUGCCUGGAGGUCUAUCACAAACCCGUAAGAAUCGGCAGCUGCGGACAUACUUUUUGCGGGGAGUGUCUACAGCCCUGCCUCCAGGUCCCGUCCCCCCUCUGCCCGCUGUGCCGCAUGCCUUUCGACUCGAAGAAGGUGGACAAGUCCUCCAGCAUGGAGAAGCAGCUGUCUUCCUACAAGGCUCCCUGCCGGGGCUGCUGUAAAAAGGUUACCUUGGUGAAGAUGAGGUCUCACAUUUCCUCCUGUACAAAAGUUCAGGAACAAAUGGCAAACUGCCCAAAAUUCGUCCCCAUAGUGCCCACCUCUCAGCCCAUCCCCAGCAAUAUUCCAAACCGCUCAACGUUUGUGUGUCCGUACUGUGGGGCCAGACACCUGGAUCAGCUGGAGCUGCUCAAGCACUGCAUGGACAACCAUCGCAACGACCCCAAUAAAGUGGUAUGUCCUGUGUGUUCAGCCAUGCCCUGGGGUGAUCCUAGCUACAGGAGUGCAAGCUUCCUGCAGCACCUCCUACACCGGCACAAGUUCUCUUACGACACGUUUGUGGAUUACAGUAUUGACGAGGAGGCAGCAUUGCAGGCAGCCCUCGCACUCUCACUGUCUGAGAAUUAGAGGCGCCAGUCCGGCCUCCCUCCGUCCAGGACCAUCAUCCUUUGCACUGGGAACCUCCCUAUCUCACUUCCUGCUGAAUUCCACACUGGGUAACACCAGGCAAAACAAACAUGCUGUCCCUUUCAUUGUCAUGUAUUGUCAUGUAUUGUCAUGCUAAGCAACCUUUCAAUGAUUUAUUUAUGUUGUUUAUUUUACCAAGCGUGGAAGCUUUACUGACAACCUCUAUUAAAGGAGGGGGGUGCAUUGGGGCAAGUGAGACAUAAAAAGUGAGCCUCCAAGUCCAAACAGGCUGUGUAGUUUAUGAAGUUGUAUUGGCUGGGGCUAUGAUGUAUGUGUUUGUGUUCCCAAUGAGACGGUAAACCAGGGCCUUGUCUACACUGAAAAAGAACAAAGUGCUUACCCUGAGGCCAUGGCUGAAUCCUCUCACUCCCUGACCAAUUCACAAAUACUCCAAUUACUACAGCAAAGUCACUGCUGUAAAGGACUGAGAAUAAGGCUUCCACUUCCCCCUUUUUACAGUUGUGAAUUCCAGCACUUUUCUACAGUAUUGUACUGCUCAUAUCUUGAAUUCCAGCACUUUUUUACAGUAUUGUACUGCUCAUAUUUUAUAGUUGACUACAGAAAUAAUAAUACAUAUAUACUUCAUACUGCUAUAACUUGUUUGACUAGCGGCAACAGUGAUUUUUAUGCAGCAUAAGAAAUAUAUUUUUGAAAACAUUUCUUUAAAAAUGGUUUGAUUUUUUUUUAAUAAUUUGAAGAAAAAAAUUACAUAAAAAGGGGGUCAUUUAUUAUUAAACUUUUUUUUGCUGAUGAAGGUUUUUUUCAACUGGAGGUUUUGUACCACCUUUUGUGCAGUAAAGUGAGUUUCAUGAGCACUGAAGCUCAGUUAUGAUAAUUAAAUCUUAGUGUGUAGUAAUAUCGCUGUGACACUAGGGGGCAACUGAUGGCAAACCAAACUCGUUUCUGUUGAUUUUUGUGAUAUACAGUAUAAAUAUUUGAAUACUUUUUUUGAUACAUGACCUUGCCAAAAAAAUUAAAACGGAGGAGGGGGGGUUGGGGGGGCAUCUUGCCUGUUAUUUGCAUUUAAGAUCUCCAAACUGCAACAGAAAAUAUAUGUAUGGUACGUACAGGUACCAGCAACAAAAAUAAGUAUUACAAUUAUUUAAAAAAUUCAGUCACAAAAGUCUGAGCCCCAAUAAAGCUUGAGCUGUACUACCCAAGUGGUGUUACGUGGUGUUCGAUUCCUCGCACCGCCUCUGAUAUACGGGAAAACCGUUUAUUGGUGGUAUGCACAAAACUCUUGAAAGGUUUGCUGAGUUGGUGUCAGCUGUUUAAGGUCUAACUAUUAUAAAUAUGGUAAGCAAAGGAUAUAUUUUUUGGUACUAAUUCUUUAGUGCCAAUAAACGUGGUUAGGGAGAUAGGGCAAGGCAAGACGCAGUAGACCUGCCAUUUGCCAACUAUAAUAAACACAUAAAUAAGGCAAACUAGGGCCUGCAUCCAGUCAAUCAAAUUUCUAGCUUCAUUAUGGCUUAUGUAGUUACUCCAUUGCUGUCAUUAAUGAAUUUCUGACUUGGGAAUCAUUUCAAUCCAGAGAUACAUACAAAUUGCAUAUUUGGCACUGUUCAGAUCGUUAAUAUCACCCAGUCGUGUUCAUUUUUACAUAGCCACUAUACCAUAACAUUUUUAAACAGUAAUACAGAACUGCUGCAUUACUGCUGAAAUGGUCAGAAUUUUCUAAUGGUAUUAAAUUAGUACUACAGUUUUUAUUUUUUCAUACUUUUUUUUUAAAAUCUAGCUUUUAAGAGUGAAGUUAAUAUGCACAAAAUAUUUUUUGUAUUAUUAUUUUUUACAUACAAUUACAUAAAGUGUCUUUUCUUGGCACAUGUUUGAAGGUGUUGUUUUGUUUGUUUGUUUUUGUUGGCCUGGUUUACCUGUGUUGUAUGCACUGUAGUUCUAAUUGUGUGUCACUGUCGUUAGAGAUAUCUAUCCACUAGGGGGUGCAACAUUUAUAUAAUUGAGAUGUACCUGCAUGUUUGGGUCUGUUUGUAUAAAAAAAAAAAAAAAAAAAAACAUUGUUGUUGAACUUUUUUGUUUUCCUGACUUUGCUCAGACUCCAGUGGCUUCUGUUUGAGGGAUGUACUUCUUUGCCCCGUUCUCCUGUUUAUUUUAAAGAUUUUACCUGGAUACAGCCUUUGUAUGAUGUCACCUCCUUUACAAAGGUGUCCAUUCCCACUUCUUUCUGUGCAACAGAAGCCCAUGUAACCCACAUAGUUUCCUAUGUGCAUCAUAGACUUGUGUAAGGCUCAGAGGAGUCCUGUAACUAAGAACAUGAUUAUGAACAAAUAUAAUAAUUGUGAGUAAAGCAUAAAUACAACUAGAAAAAUAAAAAUCCAUUACAGGGAGUGAAGUAUUUUAACACUCUAGCAUUGAUUGCAGCCAAAACCCACACAUUGCAAAUAUUAUGUUCAAGGUUUUAAAAACUUGUUUUUAUCCAUUUGCCUUUUUUUUUUUUAAAUAAUAAUGCUGAUGUUAUCAAUAGAAGUUAAUUGAAUUCACUGUUGUUAAGUAGUAUAAGGUUUUAUCACAUGGCUUUAGGAUAUUUACCAGUUUGCUAAGAAAGUUGCUUAAAACAUAUGGCUAGUUCCAAAAAUACAGCAAUGUGUCACCCACAGUUGCUAAAUAUUCAAAUGUUGUCUCGUGUUCAUGAAUAAGGCCCACACAAGCAAUUACAACUGUUAAAGUAGAAGCUGGUGUUGCAUUUAAACAAGCUGUCAAUAACUGUUGCACUCCCAUUUAAACUGUAGCCAGUGCCAUGGAAUGCAUUGAGCUCUAACUGCAGCACCUAAGAAUAAAAGCAAUGCUGCUGCUUGCCACAGUCCCCUGCAGAGACUGCAUUUAUGUUGUGUUACUUUUCAUAGCCACUUCCCCAGUCUUAGUUAUUGAGUGUAAUA